GUAAAUUCCGGCUGGGUGUACAUCCAAGUUGACUGAUGAGGGGAACGUGAGGUGAAAGAUGCCGUUAAAACAAGAAUUAUUCGGAAAGACGUCGACAGGCGAAGACGUUUACAAAUUUACGUUCACGAAUGAGAACAAGGUCACCAUCAGCGUUCUGAACUUUGGUUGCGUCAUUUACGAGAUAAAGCUGCCGGACAGAGACGGCAACGUUGUCGACGUCAACCUUGGCUUCGAUAACGUCAAAGAUUAUGAGAAGAAUAACAACUAUUUUGGAGCGCUGUGUGGAAGGGUUGCAAACAGGAUCGGGAACGGCGAGAUGACGAUUGACGGACAAACGUUCAAACUCUCCCGUAACGACCCGCUCGGCGGCCAUAUCGUCCAUGGGGGAUUCGUAGGUUUCAGCAGGCGUGUAUGGGACUACAAGAUCGAGGGCGAUACGCUGACGUUAACGUACGUCGACGCUGACGGCAGCGAAGGGUUCCCAGGGGAGGUGACCACCCAUGUAACGUUCACGUUGGGUGAGGACAACACCCUUACUAUGGAUUACAGUGCCACAACCACAAAGACCACUGUGGUGGACAUGGGCAGUCACUUCAUGGUCAAUCUUGCCGGACACGACAAAGGGGCCAUAAAAGAUCACAAAGUCACCGUCUACAGCGACAAAUUCCUGGACAUUGGCGACGACUUUCUUCCAACAGGUAAGCUGAUAUCGGUGGAUGAGGAUCCGGUGAUGGACUUCCGGUCCGGUCGCGACCUGGCCGGUGAGGUAUUAGAAACGUUGAGCGGUGGUUGUGCCUUCCAUCACGCCUUUGUCUUCGACCGCCGAGGAGAGCGAAAACGCAUGGCAAGGGUGGAUCAUCCGGGCAGCGGUCGGUACCUAGAGGUCGCCUCUACCAACAGUACAGUGUUCGCGUACAGUAACCACUUUAUGCCCCAAAUUGUCGGGGACGCCCCAUGUAAGGCAGGCGCCAGGUACCCGCGCUACGCCGCCAUUGAGUUCAUGCCGAUGGGCUACCCUAACUCCGUCAAAAUGCCGGAGUUCCCCCAGUCAGUGUUGAGGCCCGACCAGCAGUACCGGGAGACCGCCUGGUACACGUUUGGCCUCCAAGAACAGUGAGCCCGGAUAUUGGAAUGGUCAAUAAACUCAGCCACUGCUUACACAUUUAAACACCCAAAACAGUGAUCGACCAUUUAUACAAGCUGGUAACAUUUCGUAGAUGUAUUAUAAAUUGAGUGGUAUUUCUGUUCUGUUUUAUAACACAGCAAGUCAUGAAUAAUUAUAUUUUAAUUAUAAAAAACAGGAAUCAAACAUAACUCAAUAACCAAAUUACAACACAGUUCACAUGAACACAUAAAUCACAGUCGGCGUGAACACGAUUGUCGUAGUUGUCUCUAUUUCCCGCCCUGUCCGUCAUCUGCCUCCUAGUCAAAGUCACACUCAUCAUACACCGGUUUCGCCGGGGUCUCUUCCCCCGGCAAUAACACUCCAUCCCGCGGAGCUGGCUUUUCCUCCAGUUUUAGUCCCGAGUUCCGAGGACAGGGUUCAUCCUGUCCGGCCCUCGCGCUGUAUAGCUCACGUAGGAAGGUCAGCGUCCGUGGGGCCAGCAGCUCAUCGUGGACAAAACGCUCUUUAACAGAAGUACACAAA